AAAAAAAAAAAGCCUAGCACCAACGAAUAAAAUUCGACUUUUCCUUCAUUCUGAACAGAACCUCUAGAGGACGCUUUGACUCGUAAGAUAAAUAAUGACCGGACAACAGCCACAUGAACAGCCAUACAGCACACAGCAACAACAACAACACCAUCCACAUCAUAAUGUUCAACCUCCGCUUCCUCAACAACAACUACCCCCGCCACCACCUACACAGCAACACCAUAUGCCAAAUGCACAGGCAUAUCAUCAACAUUUAGCUAGCGUCACUGGUCCAGUUGUUUCAUCUACUGCUGCUAGUACUGGGCAACCUGUAUUUGACCUAGGCAAAUUUUGGUUGGAACAAAUGCAAGCUGCUGAUGCAUUUAACUCUGAUUUCAAAAACCACCCGCUUCCAUUAGCCCGAAUUAAAAAGGUCAUGAAAACAGAUCAAGACGUGAAGAUGAUUAGCGCAGAGGCCCCAAUCUUAUUUGCUAAAGGAUGCGAAAUCUUUAUCACAGAAUUGACAAAAAGAGCAUGGGUACAUGCUGAAGAAAACAAAAGACGAACAUUACAAAGAUCCGAUAUUGCUACAGCGGUAUCGAAAACAGAUAUGUGUGAUUUUUUAAUUGAUAUUGUGCCAAGAGACGAAGCCUCAAAAACAACAACCAAUGCACCUGGAAGCCACACUAUGUACGAUCAAAAUGCUGCUGCUUAUGCUGCGCAACACAAUCCUAAUAAUGCGGCAGCGGCAGCGGCAGCGGCAGCGGCAGCCUAUUAUCAACAACCGUCUCAAUAUGCUAAUCCUAGCACUGAACCCCAAGCCUAUUACCAGUCAUUAUCGCAGCUGACCAAUGAUCCAGUACAACAACAAUAUCAAAUGUUAAUUGCUCAGCAGCAACAACAACAGCUCAAAUAUGAUCAGCCUCAACAGCCUCAGCAGCAGCAGCAAAUAAAGUACGACCAGCCCAAAUACGAGCAAUCUGAUUAUGACACGACUCAACAACAGAUCAAAUACGAUAAUGACGCCAAGCCCAAACCAGAGUCUCUCAAUUAAAGACAAACAUUACGAUGAAUGGAUAAAUAUCUAAUUUUAUUACUUGCUAAUGUUAUUUACUUAUAAUUAAUACAUGUAUCUAUAUAUAAAUUAUCUAAUAACGAUAAUUAAAACCCUGUCUAUGCCAUUUUCUACGGUUUUUUUUUGAGUAAAAAGAAAC